GCCUUCGGGAGCGGAAGUGCGUGAGGGCGCGCCGGUUCCCGUCCGGCAGGCGCGAGGCGCCGGGCCCCGGGGCUGCAGCCGGCCGGGGGAGCGCGGUCCCGGAGCCGCCCCUCCCCGCCAUGGGCCUCCUGUCGGACCCGGUGCGCCGGCGCGCCCUCGCCCGCCUCGUGCUGCGCCUCAACGCGCCGCUCUGCGUGCUGAGCUACGUGGCGGGGAUCGCCUGGUUCCUGGCGCUGGCUUUUCCGCCCCUGACCCAGCGCACAUACAUGUCGGAGAACGCCAUGGGCUCCACCAUGGUGGAGGAGCAGUUUGCGGGCGGAGAGCGUGCCCGAGGCUUCGCCCGAGACUUCGCUGCCCACCGCAGGAAGACGGGGGCUCUGCCAGUGGCCUGGCUGGAGCGGACGAUGCGGUCAGUGGGGCUGGAGGUCUACACGCAGAGUUUCUCCCGGAAACUGCCCUUUCCUGAUGAGACCCGCGAGCGCUAUAUGGUGGCCGGUACCAACGUGUAUGGCAUCCUGCGGGCCCCACGCGCCGCCAGCACCGAAUCCCUGGUGCUCACUGUACCCUGCGGCCCCGACUCUGCCAACAGCCAGGCUGUGGGGCUGCUGCUGGCGCUUGCUGCCCACUUUCGGGGGCAGAUUUACUGGGCCAAAGACAUCGUCUUCCUGGUGACAGAGCAAGACCUUCUGGGCACUGAGGCUUGGCUUGAGGCCUACCACGACACCAACGUCACCGGCAUGCAGUCAUCCCCUCUGCAGGGCCGGGCUGGGGCCAUCCAGGCAGCCCUGGCCCUGGAGCUCAGUAGCGACGUGGUCACCAGCCUUGAUGUGGCCGUGGAGGGGCUCAACGGGCAGCUGCCCAAUCUCGAUCUGCUCAACCUCUUCCAGACUUUCUGUCAGAAAGGGGGACUACUGUGUACUCUGCAGGGCAAGCUGCAGCCCCAGGACUGGACAUCGGUAGACGGGCCGCUGCAGGGUCUGCAGACACUCCUGCUCAUGACUCUGCAGCAGGCCUCAGGCCGCCCCCAUGGCGCUCACGGCCUCUUCCUGCGCUACCGUGUCGAGGCCCUGACCAUCCGUGGCAUCAAUAGCUUCCGACAGUAUAAGUAUGACUUAGUGGCAGUGGGCAAGGCCCUAGAGGGCAUGUUCCGCAAGCUCAACCACCUUCUGGAGCGCCUGCACCAGUCCUUCUUCUUCUACGUGCUCCCCGCGCUCUCGCGCUUCGUCUCCAUCGGCCUCUACAUGCCCGCUGCUGGCUUUUUGCUCUUGGUCCUUGGUCUCAAGGCUCUGGAACUGUGGAUGCAGUUGCAUGAGGCCGGAGCGGGCCCUCAGGAGGCUGGGGGCGCCUCUGGACCUGGUCCUCCCCUCCCUCCAGCACAGAGCGUGGGGCUGGCCUCGCUUGUGGCUCCCUUGCUGAUCUCACAGGCCAUGGGCCUGGCCCUCUACGUCCUGCCAGUGCUGGGCCAACACGUGGCUACCCAGCACUUCCCCGUGGCCGAGGCCGAGGCCGUGGUGCUGACGCUGCUGGCCAUCUAUGCGGCCGGCCUGGCCCUUCCACACAGCACCCACCGGGUGAUGAGCGCACAGGCCCCAGACAGAGGCUGGAUGGCACUGAAGCUAGUGGCUCUCAUCUACCUGGCACUACAGUUGGCCUGCGUUGCCCUCACCAAUUUCUCGCUGGGCUUCCUGCUGGCCGCCACCAUGGUGCCCGCUGCCGCGCUCACCCACCCCUGUGGGCCCCGGUACGUGCCGGCCGCUGUAUGCCGCCCUGCUGGUGCUGACGAGCCCCGCGGCCACUCUCCUGGGGUGCUUGUUCCUCUGGCGGGAGCUGCAGGAGGCCCCGCUGUCGCUGGCCGAAGGCUGGCAGCUCUUCCUGGCGGCACUGGCGCAGGGCGUGCUGGACCACCACACCUACGGCGCCCUGCUCUUUCCGCUCUUGGCUCUGGGCCUCUAUCCCUGCUGGCUGCUCUUCUGGAACGUGCUCUUCUGGAAGUGACGUGUGGCUGUCCUGUGGUACAGACCGGGGUGGGGACUCCCCAAGCACCCGGUGUUCUCUUUUUGGGAAAUAAACAGGUGUUUUGUUUUCAGCUGCUGUUAGGGCUCGUGGCCCACUGUCUGCUGUCCUUUUGGAGCUCCUAGGCACGUGGAUAAAAAGCUCUGUCUGAGGGCCUGGCAUUCCCACAUACCUCCUUCCUGGAGGGCACUGCCCUGGUCCACUUGCUGCUGGCAGGAAUGAGGGCCCCAGCAGCCACAUCAGCCUCCAAGGAGAGCCUCGGUUGGACACUGGGCUUGGCAUCUGGAAAUGGCACGUGUAGACCCUGCCCUGGCCCCAGCCCCACAAGCAUUAAGGGAGCUCCCUGCGUAUCACAGUGGGAGGCAGGGUGCCGGGUAGGAGGAAACGCUGUGGUGGGUAUGGCUUGGGGCCUGAUGGGAUCUGAAGUGCCCAGAGACCACACUGCUCUGUCUUCAGCACUGGAGUUGAAGGCGCAAAAGGGCUUGAGCUGGAGCCCUGCAGAAAAGCCCUGGGGCAUGGGGAAUGGCACCCGCCCAGCUUCCCUGGAGCCAACUGGCCCAGGCCAGCCACCCAUGAGAGGCAGGGCCGAGGUGGAGCAGUAGAGCCCCACCCGGCAUCGCCUAGGAGCAGGCGGGCCACAUACUGAGACCCCUGAAAGGAACUGGAAUGUCUAGUGUCCAUUCUGGAGGGGAGAAAAGCAAAAUGUUGCUUUUCAGGGUCACAUCAGGUCAAGAGGCAACUCCUCGAGGGCCAAGGCACCCCUGCCAGCACCUGAUGUGGUGGCUAGACCAGUCAGCCUCCUACCAGCCUCAGUGUGGAAGGAAGGCAGAGCUGCCCGCCUAGGGAGUCCGCUCAGGACCCGUGGCCCUUCGGUGUCACACCCAGAACGGUAGGUCUGGGAGGAAGCUCUAGCCCCCAGACCCAACCCUCUGUGGGUCACUGCUGGCUCUCUGAUGAGGGGGCCACGUGCUCUCUGUCCAGCAUUGUUGGGGGUGGGGGUGCAGCAUGGGUGUUGGAGACCCCACUGGGGCCAGCAGCCUGUCUUUGCCCACUGUUCCCAAGUCUGGCCGGAACCUCUGGUUCCUUCAAUGUUGAACAAACUGUUCUGCCCCGCCUCCCCCGGGGCUGGGAAGAGACUUGCAGCCCCCAGCCUCCCAGCGUGCCUCCCAGGCUGGCUUCUGUCAACCCUGUGCUCGGAUAAGUCACAGGACAAGAGUCCUCCUGUCUUCUAAGACGCACAAAAACCUCUGUUUUGCCUUGGUCUGUUGUCUCUCUCUUUGUGAGCUAGUAUCCCUUCCAAAGGAUUCCAGAAUCCCUCCCAAGCCUUUUCCCCAGGCUUUGGCCUUGAGCAGUCACUUAAAGCACAAAUCAUGAAAAUCUAUUAAAUCAGGGAACACACAAGUGGGGGCAGAAGCACAGAGAUCAUCUCAACUGUAUUCUGAACUUGUGCAGAACUCUUUGUACAAAAAAUUCUGAGACCAUGGGAAUGACAGAGUUGGUUUGUCAGGAAAGCAGGAUUUCUAUUCUGAUUUUCAGCAAUGUCACCUGUACAAUACAUUUCUUAAAACAAGGAAAUGUUAGGCUGUGGAAAUGUAGGUCAGGCGUAUAGCGGUGAGUAUAGGUCAUACAUAAGCGCUCUACUUGAUGGGGUGGUAGGGCCUGUACCUUGAACCCAGUAUCUGUUCUCUGGAGUCAUACAGCUCAAUUUUGAAUCCUGUGCUUUGAGGUGUGGCCACGUGACUGUGCUGUGGCCAGCAGGAUAAACACAAGAAGCUUCCAGGGUGAACACCAAGCAAAGACCUCACCCAGAGAGACUGGCCCUCUGAGCCCCAUCCUUUCUCUUGCCCACAGGGAUGUGGAACUGAUGGUUGGAACGUGAGUUGUGUCUAGGACGUGAGGUCCAGCCCGUGUCAAGAAUGGAUGGAGAGGAGCAGGGACUCCCUGGGCUUCACACAGCCCUGGGUUGCCAAACUGGGCUUCAUCUACUAGAAAGGGAAACAGACUUGUACCGUGUGUAAGCCACUGUCAUUUGGAGUUUUCUGACACUCAGAUCUAGUUCCAGCCAAUACAAGAGGGACCAUUGCUGAGUCCAGCUCACGUGAGGACUCAGAGUGGAGGGUGUCCGCUGGGUGAAUUUGGGAGUAUUUCACUAUUGUGUUGAUAAUCAGUACUUAAUAGUACAUACUCCUUUGUUGCUUGCUUUCUAGGCCCCAGAACAGAAGUGUCAUGGGGGGGGUGGGGCAGGGACACUGUCUUAUUUCCUGCUACUUUUCCAGCUCAGGGCCAGAUACACAGUAGAAUGUUCAUCUGUAUUUGUUGAAUGAAGGGAAAUCAGAGGGAGACGACCUGGAGGUCCAGAAGGAGGCUCCAGGGGGCAGACCUGACGGCUUCCGCAGGGGCUAGAGGAUCGCCUGUGCUGGGAGGUGGGGUGAGCACAGGAGGGUGAGGUGAAGGCCCCAGCCGGCAGGCCGCCCUCCACCCACUUAACACCCGGCAGCCUCCCCACAACCGGGCUCCGUGCGGAUGCUCUACUUGGCCCCGGGACGCCUCUAGCGACUCACCUCGGUGCCCCAGACUUCCUGUGCUCUUCUCAAGCCAUUUGCCUGGUUACCCCCACUCCCCCCGAGGCUCCAGUGUAGACAACUUGGGGACCGCUCUGGACACCAUUGUCCAAAACUGCUUCUGCAAGCCCCAGCUGCCUUCAUACCCCCGCUCAGGUCCUGUCUGCUGCUUCCUGCCAGGCCCCAGUGUGUCACCUCUGCCUCCUGAAUGUGUGGUGGUCACCUCUAAGUCACAGUAUUCAACCUGAACACCUCCCACCCCACAUACACCUUCUCCCCUAGCACGCUCGCCCAGGCCUGGACCCAGGGUCAACCUAGUCUCUCUUCAGGGGAUGCCCAUCACCCCCAGGAUAGAACCAAACUCCCCACCUUGGUCUCCAAGGCCUGUGCUUGCUCCUUCUCAACAUUGUCCUUGCCCCAAAAAGCAACCUGUACGCUACUUCUCUCCUUCCAGCCCCUGACACCAUUAAUCUACUUUCUAAUUCCAGAUUUGCCUAAUCUGCACUUUAAUAUGAAUGUCCUCAUACAUAUGUGUCACAACUUCCUUUUUAUGGCCAAAUAACGUUCCAUGUAAUGGACAUGCCACACUCUACCCAUUUAUCAGUUGAUGGACAUUUGGAUUAUUUCCUCUUUUUGGCUGUUAUGAACAAUGUGCCUAUCAACAGUCAUGAACAAGUUUUUGUGUGGACAUAUGUUUUCUCUUGGGCAUACACCUAGAAGUGGAAUUUGGAGCUCUAAAUUUUCUUCUUAGCACUGCUUUUGAUACAUCCCGUAUGUUUUGUUUUUAUCACCUCAUUUUCUAAUUUUUCCUGUGAUUUCUGUAACUGGUUAUUUAGCAAUAUGUUAGGGGAGCUUGAGUGGCUCAGUUGGUCGAGUAUUCGACUUUGGCUCAGGUCAUGAUCUCACAGUUUGUAGGUAUGAGCCCCACAUCAGGCUCACUGCUCUCAGUGCAGAGCCCUCUUUGGAUCCUCUGUCCCCCCCCCCCCGCCCCUCAAAAAUAAAUAAAACAUUAAAAGUAAUAUGUUAUCUAACUUUCACAUAUUUAUGAAUUCCCCAAAUUUCUGUUACUUUUAAUUUCAUUCUGUUGUGGUGAGAAAACGUAUUUUGUAGGAUUUUACUACUUUUAGAUUUACUGGGUAGCUCAGUUGGUUAAGCGCCUGAUCUUGAUUUAGGCUCAGGUCAUAAUCUCUGGCUUCCUAACAUGAAGUCCUGUGUCGGGCUCUGUGCUGACAUAGGGGAGCCUGCUUGGGAUUCUUUCUCUCCCUCCCUCUCUGCCCCUUCCCUGUUCAUUCUCUCUCUCUCUCUC